CGUACUGCCUCUGGUCCAACCUGCCUUGUGCCUUCCUGGAACCUUCGUUUCUUUUCUCUCCCCCUCCUUUCCUUUCCUUCCCUUCCCCCUUACCUUUCCUCUUCGUAAUAUCAAACUUCUUCCUAAUCCCCUCUCGGCAAUUCAUCUCGAUUGCCUCCCUCUCAUGGGUCCUGAUUCUCCAACUUCCCUCGCUCCCGGCUUCCGAUUCCACCCCACCGACGAAGAACUCGUUCGUUACUACCUCCGACGCAAGGUCUCCGGCAAAUCCUUUCGCUUCGACCCUAUCGCCGUUGUUGACAUCUAUAAAUCCGAACCCUGGGACCUCCCAUGUCAGUCGAAGCUGAAAAGCAGGGACUUGGAGUGGUACUUCUUCAGUGCGCUGGACAAGAAGUAUGGAAAUGGGUCGAAGACGAAUCGGGCCACUGAGAAAGGAUACUGGAAGACUACAGGCAAGGAUCGCCCAGUUCGUCACAGCUGUCGUAACGUCGGAAUGAAGAAGACCCUCGUUUAUCAUAGUGGGCGGGCGCCGCGCGGUACCCGUACCAAUUGGGUCAUGCACGAGUACAGAUUGGCUGAUGAAGAAUUGGCAAAAGCCGGAAUACCACAGGAUGCGUUCGUACUCUGUAGGAUUUUCCAGAAGAGUGGUACUGGUCCAAAGAAUGGGGAGCAGUAUGGUGCCCCCUUUCUAGAGGAGGAAUGGGAAGAUGAUGAUGUUGCUGUGGCUUCACUCCCCGGAGAUGAGGCCGCAGCUGAUGAAAUAAUGGUUCGUGAAAAUGCUUUUGUUGAAACGGAUGAUCUUGACCAGUACCUUGAUACGGGUGUGGCAUCUGAAGGUGCUGGCCAUGCUUUAAACGUCCAUCAUGGGGAGUGCAGCAGUUAUCCUGAGGGUUCCCAAGAAUUGAUUGAAGAUCAAAAGCCCUUGGUAGGAACUGCUCAAACUUCUGAGGCUCGAGAUGACUUUUUAUUGAAUAAGCCUGCGCAAUAUGCUUCAGUUAGCAGUCCAGUGAUAGAUGGCAUCAAGGCUGAAGCAAGUCACGAAGGAUAUAUCUUGAGUCACAAUCGUACAUUUGAUGGGAGAUGCUUGGAUGCCACUGGGGGGUCUUUCCUGGAAACCGAUGAUCUGGUGAAUCCUGCUGAGGCAAAUCCUGCUGAUACUGAUGUACUAGAAGAGUAUCUUGUGUACUUUAAUGACGGUGAUGAUAUUUCCCAGUAUAUCUCUUUCGAUUCUCCUGAGUUGGCAGGGAGUGAAAACCCUGAUGCUGACCAAAGAUCACCUUUAACGCCACCGAAUGUGGGCAGAGAAUCUAAGGAUACUCUCAUGGCAAGUAAAAUUGAUGCGGAAGCCCAUUCCAGCGAAGAGGCUUCUUUGAAGCAGCAUCUAGAGGCAUCAAAUUUGGUUUCAGGAAAUACACACCCAUUUAUGAAGCAGGCCAAUCACUUGUUGGGCAGUACUGCUGCUUCCCCUGCAUUUACUUCAGAGUUCCUGCCUAAAGAAAUUGCGCUUCGUCUUCAUUCCACGGGUGAAUGUUCCAAUUCAGCUGAUGUAACUGCAGGUAUGAUCAGAAUAACAGACUUCAGUGUAACAGGCAACAGGAUGAACUGGAUGCGGGGCAAAAAUGGAGAGUUCAGUUUUGUAAUCUCAUCUUGCUUUUGGCCUGCUGUUAACUCUGUUGAUUUAGUGCCCAUUUCUGGUUUACUCUCUGGGAAGUCUGCAUUUGUAGUAUCACACGGCUGGAUUUACUUAGUCUUCUUUUCAGUGCUGAUUCUUUCACUGAGUUUCAAGAUUGGAAGUUUCAUGUAUGCCAGUAAAUGAUAAUCCGAAGGCUUGUCAUGAUACGAGGGACUGUACGCAGCCAAGCGAGCUCUGGUGCUUAUGUGUGUUUUCCUGUUGGAGGACCAGGAUUAGGAAUGACGCAACCUGUAGAUUUGUCUGCUUCAAAUAUAGGAAGAACAAUUUGAGACACGAACGACAAAAAAUCAGAAUUCUUGCGAAAGAUCGAAUUCUUUGUAUCUUCUAAAGUAUUAUUAGCUCUUUUCACCGGGAAAAUCAUUAGCUCUUGGUAAAAUUAAAAUUUAAAAAGUAUAAAGGUAAGUACAGAAGAUCUAAUAUUAACCUUGGAAGUACAUGCAAUAACUUUGUCUUAUAUAUACUGUUACGCGGUGCUCCUAUGAUAUCUAUUUGUUCACUGUAAUUCGUACAGCUUAUAUGCAUUUUAAACUUCGCCAGACUUUAUGCUGUAGAUUUGAUAAACUUGAACUGUAUCUUUAUCUUGUAUAUGCAUUUCAAAUUUGGCUCCUGCUCUUACAGA